AUGACGGAGAAGAAAAUUAAAGAGAAAAUCAAAAAGCGGGAGCGCAUUGCCGCAUCAUUAAAGCGGCAUGCGCUAUUUCUGGGUAGUUUCGUUCCGGAUGUCCAUACGGGGGAAGUUCAGUCGAGGCUGGAUAAAAUCGAAACUAAAUUUGAAGAGUUUGAGGAGGUUCAGGAAGAGAUUGCGGAAUUGGAUGUAGAAGGGAAUUACGAGGAAGACUGUAGUACGGCCUAUGAAGAGUUUGAAAGGUUGUACUAUCGGUUACGGGCUGCGUUGCUGGCAAAACUGGAACCGGAACAUACGGCGGUGGAUUUGAACAACACAAUACGGAACGGUCAAGCAUUGGGAGCUCACACUGGCGUUCGUUUACCGCAGAUUUCGCUACCGGAGUUCGACGGCGACUACAAGGGGUGGUUGUCUUUCAAAUCAACGUACGUGUCGCUGAUCCACGAGUCUGGGGAGCUCAAUGAUGUUCAAAAAUUUCAUUACCUCAAAUCUGCGCUGAAGGGGGAAGCAGCGAAGCUCAUUGAAUCGCUCACGCUCACCAAUGAAAACUAUCCGAUCGCUUGGAGCACGAUCACGAAGCGGUACUCCAAUGAGUAUCUGCUCAAGAAGCGGCAUCUGCAGGCACUAAUGGAGUACCCAAAGGUGGAGAAGGAGUCGUCAACUGCCAUUCACGCGUUAGUGGAUGAGUUUGAACAGCGGUUGAAGAUCUUGAAGCAGCUAGGAGAAAAGACCGACGAUUGGGGAGCAAUGAUCGCUCAUUGGAUGUGUUCUAAGUUGGACAUGAAGACGCUACAGCUCUGGGAGGACCAUGCAGCGUCAACGAAGGAUCCUACGUUCGCAAUUUUAGUGAGUUUUCUAGAAAAGCGGACAAGAGUGUUGGAAGCGGUUUCAUCGAACGUCGAAGUGAGGAGCAGCUCACAAAAGGUGGAAGUUAGGCGACAGAAGGUCAUUGUGCAUUCGGCUACGGAAGGUGAAAGGGGUGGUUCUGCAUGCUUUUGUUGCGGGGAAUCGCAUUUCUUGGGACGGUGCGGCAAGUUUACUAAAAUGACUUUGAAGGAAAGGUUGCAGUUUGUGAAUGCCAAACGAUUAUGCAGCAAUUGUCUAAAAUCUGGCCACUGGGUACGCGAUUGUAGUUCAAAAUUCAGCUGCCGGGACUGCAGCAAGAGGCACAAUUCACUGAUUCAUCCAGGGUUUCCUUUGAGUAGUAGCGGGUCCGACAGAAACGAUCAUCCGAUCGGCAAGCCGGAGAGCAAACGGAACGAGAAGGCGAUCUCUGCAAACCUGGCUACUAAUGAGACGGAAGACGAUGAAGGAGAGAACGACGAACAUGGCGCAGUCGGAACAUACAACGUAGGGGCCAAGUUCGGCAAAAUUUCAAGUGUUCUACUCUCCACGGUGGUAUUGGUCAUACGCGAUCAGCAAGGAGGAAAACAGUUGGCUCGCGCAUUGCUAGACAACGGAUCUCAAGCCAACAUCAUAAGCGAACGACUUGCUGGAAUGCUGAAUUUGAAACGGCGGACGAUAAACGUACCGAUAAGUGGCAUCGGUGAAUCGGAAACACGAGCAAGAUUCAUGGUAAGCACUGCCGUGAGCUCACGGGUUCAGGACUUCUCAGUGGGGAUGGAAUUUCUAGUUCUGCAAAAGGUUACUUCAAAUUUGCCAUCGACGCACGUGUCGAUAACGCACUGGAAGUUUCCAAACGACAUUCAGCUGGCAGAUCCAGACUUCAAUACCAGCAACAGAAUCGAUCUCUUGAUUGGAGCGGAACACUUCUACAGAUUCUUCUUCGAAAGGGAAAUGAAGCGAAUUUCUUUAGGACCGGGAAUGCCUAUGCUGAUCAACUCAGUAUUCGGAUGGAUUGUGUCUGGGAAGGUCUCAGAAACAGCAAACAAAACAAUUACCUGCUGCGUAGCGGCAACUCCGGAUUGUUUGGAAACACAACUGCAAAAAUUUUGGGAGGUUGAAAGCAACGAGGAUCGGCCACCAUGGUCGAAAGAGGAGCAGGACAGCGAAGAUCAUUUUCUUCGAACUUUCAGUCGCACGGAGGACGGCCGAUACGUAGUGCGAUUACCAAAACACGUCAAUUUCCAUCAAAUGCUAGGAGAUUCUCGUUCAGUAGCGUUAGCAAGGUUCAGGAACCUGGAGAAGCAGUUAGAACGGAACCCAGAGAUGCGUCUACAAUACAAUGCAUUUAUGCAGGAAUACUUAACUCUUGGUCAUAUGAGGGAAGUAACUGAAGAGGAACUUCUAAAGGAGACAGGCGCAACGAUUCCGAAAAGAGAGUAUUACUUGCCCCACCAUGCCGUGCUUAAGGAAUCCAGCACUACAACUAAAGUUCGCGUGGUUUUCGACGGCUCCGCCAGCACGGACAGCGGCUACUCGUUGAACGACGCUCUGCUAAAGGGUCCUGUGGUUCAAGAUGAGCUCCUCAGCCUUCUUCUGCGAUUCCGGAAGCAUGAAGUGGCACUAGUUGGCGAUGUCGAGAAGAUGUACAGACAGGUGCGUGUACAUAAUGACGAUACCGGAUUGCAGCGCAUCUUUUUUCGGUUUUCUCCUGAUGAACCUGUAAAGGUUUUUGAAUUAUCAACGGUCACAUACGGAUUGACACCUUCAUCGUUCCUGGCUAUACGUGCACUGCAUCAACUCGCAGUAGAUGAAGGCAAUGAAUACCCAGAGGCUGCUAACGCUAUCGUGUACGAUUUUUAUGUGGAUGACUACAUCGGUGGAGCACCCAGCAUAGACGAAGCCAUUCAGCUUCAAACGGACCUCGACUGUCUUAUGAAGAAAGGAGGAUUUUCUCUACGCAAAUGGUGUUCUAAUCGUCCAGAAGUCCUUGCAGCUAUUCCCCCCGAUCAACUAGGAACAAAUUUGUCGAUUUCUUUCGAAAUUAGCCCGGAUGAAAAGGUGAAAACUCUGGGAAUCACUUGGGAACCCGGUACGGACCAACUACGAUUUAUUUUCGACGCACCACAGUGCGAGCAAGUUUGGACAAGACGAAACAUUCUCUCGUCUAUUGCCAAACUUUUCGAUCCUCUGGGAUUGAUAUCACCAGUGAUUAUAGUAGCUAAAAUGCUGAUGCAAGAGCUCGCAUUACUCAACUCUGGAUGGGAUGCGCCAGUUCCAGCGGACAUAGAGAGAAAGUGGAAGGCGUUCUAUUCUCAUCUGGAUAAAAUUUCCGAGCUGCGUAUUAGCCGAUUUGCAUUUGUUUCAAAUUGGAUAGAUGUCCAAUUUCAUUGUUUCGCUGACGCUUCCACAUUGGCUUACGGUGCGUGUUUAUACGUGCGAACGAUUAAUGAAGCUGGAAAUGUUCGGAUUGAACUCAUCGCAUCGAAAUCUCGCGUCGCUCCACUGAAGAGACUGACGCUGCCACGACUUGAGCUUUGCGCUGCCAAGGAAGCAGCCAUAUUGCAUUCGAAGGUAAUCAAAGCCCUGUCUUUGGAAAACGUCCGCUCGAUUUUCUGGACUGACAGUACAAUUGUCUUACACUGGCUACGAGCUCCACCAAACUCAUGGCAGACCUUCGUGGCCAACAGAGUAUCGACGAUUCAGACUAACACACAUGCACGUUCUUGGAGACAUGUGUCAGGGAAAGAAAAUCCAGCUGACCUAGUGUCCCGCGGAAUGGCGAUCGAGGAAUUUCUGAAUAGUCAGUUGUGGAAACAAGGACCUCCAUGGCUGCGUAAUAGUGAAGAUACCUGGCCCAGUGCAGCCGAGGACUACAAUCAUCACGAAGAACAGUUAGAAGUUCGCAAAACUGUUCAUAAAGUUACAGUCGCCGAUGCUCCCAAUGAACUGUUCAGUCUUCGCUCUUCCUUGCUGUCAUUGCUUAGGAUCGUUUCAUACUGUCGCAGGUUUGCGUACAACUGUCGAAACCCAAACAACAGAAAACGUUCAGCAACUCUGGAUCCUGAAGAAUUACAGGCUGCAAAAAUGGUGUUGACGCGGAUUGCCCAGAGUGAAAGAUUUCCGGACGAACUUAAAACACUGCAGCAAUAUCAGCGAGUCGACAACAAAUCCAGCUUGAAAAGACUCUACCCAUUUCUAGAUGUCGACGGUGUCCUCCGAGUUGGAGGGCGUCUACGCUUGUCACAAGAAGCCUACACAGUUAAACAUCCUGCUGUUCUACCGAAUAAUCAUCCCUUCACGGAUUUGGUUAUCCGCUUCUUCCAUUGUCAAAAUUUCCAUAGCGGACCCCAACUCACGUUGUCCGAAAUACGACAGGAGUUUUGGCCCAUACAUGACAAGCGCGUCGUCAACACUGUACUUCGGAAAUGUGUUCAAUGCUUUCGAGCCAACCCAAUUCCGAUUCAACAGCCAAUGGGACAGCUACCGGCCAGUCGUGUUCGCCCUGGACGACCAUUCUUGAUAACCGGUGUAGAUUAUUGUGGGCCAUUCUACUUGAGACCGUCACGUCGAAAUGCAGCUCCUCAAAAGGUUUACAUUGCAGUAUUUGUUUGUUUCACAACAAAGGCGAUGCACCUUGAAAUCGCGGGCGACCUAUCUACCGCUGCCUUUCUCUCUGUAUUAAGAAGGUUCAUCGGUUAUCGAGGAGUCCCUGCCGAAAUACACUCGGAUAAUGCCAAGAACUUCUCGGGGGCUUGCAACGAACUCAAAUCUCUCUACGACAUGCUGAAUAACCCGAACAGUCUCACCACCAUUAGCAACGAGCUGGCGCAGCAAGGAAUCAAAUGGCAGUUUAUUCCCCCACGUGCUCCCAACUUUGGAGGAUUAUGGGAAGCCGCCGUACGCUCUGUAAAAACCUCGCUCAAAAAAGAUAUCGGCCUUAAGCAGUUGAGUUACGACAACUUCGCCACCCUUUUGGUUCAAAUUACUGCUGCUUUGAACUCACGACCUCUCUCUCCGCUAUCAGACGACCCCACUGAAUUUGAAGCGCUAACCCCCGCACAUUUUUUGAUAGACUCCGUCAUGAAAGCAAUUCCUGAGCCCAAUCUAAUAUCAAUUCCCACAAACCGCCUUGACCACUACCAGCAAAUACAGCAAAUGUUCCAGUGCUAUUGGCAACGGUGGAGCAAGCAGUAUUUGACACAGCUGCAAAUGACAACGAAAAGCCUGCCGGUCAACUUUUUCCAAAUCGGCAGCAUCGUCGUUCUACGCGAGGAUAACAUGCCUCCACUAUGUUGGCCAUUGGCAAGAAUCACUGGCCUACACCCCGGUCCAGACGGAGUUGUGCGUGUUGUAACGGUAAAGACGGCGACUGGAGUGUACAAGCGGGCGGUGAAUCGUGUAUGUCCGUUACCCACGGAUGACCUGGAUCGCCGAGUUACGAGAUCUACAAUGCCAGAUGGUGGCUCCAGAGAGGUUUUGAAUUAG